UAACACCAAAAAAAAGAAACACAACAACCAGAGAAGCUGCUGCCAUGGCAACAUCAUCAUCAUGUUUCAGUCUUGUACCUUUGAUUGAAACCCAUGUUCUCAAAAAGACAUUCACGUCAUCCGGUCUCUGUUCCAAGACUCUUGGCAUUGAUUCAGACACAACUUUUCGUUACUGGUCACCAGCAGAAGAAUCAUCAUCAAGAACGCUGCCUGCAUUGAUCUUAUUACAUGGUUUUGGUCCAAACCCACUUUGGCAAUGGAGUAAUCAAGUGAAACAUUUGUCCAAGUAUUUUGCGAUUUACGUACCAGACUUGAUAUUCUUCGGUGAGUCGACUACGAAUUCGAUGGAACGUUCGGAGGUUUUUCAAGCGGUUUCGGUUGCGAAAUUGCUAGAGAUGUUGGGUGUUGUGAAGUAUUCGGUUAUGGGUACGAGUUACGGUGGUUUUGUUGCUUAUCAUAUGGCUAGGUUGUGGCCGGAGAGAGUUGAGAAAGUUGUUAUCGCCAGUUCCGGUGUUAAUAUGACAUGGCAAGAUAAUGUGGAGUUGCUGAAGAGAGGGAAAGUUGAGAAGAUUGAUGAUUUGUUGAUUCCGUCUUCGCCUGAUCAGUUGCGAAAUUGUAUUCGGAUGUGUCAGUAUAAGAGGUUUCCGAUUUAUGUACCUGAUUUUGUGCUCAGCGACUUCAUCAAUAGCUUGUUUGGGGAAAACAGGAAGGAAAAACUAGAACUACUUGAAGGAGUCACACUUGGACGGGAGGAUGUCAUAUCUAUUUCCCGUCUUCCACACGAGGUGUUAAUAGUUUGGGGAGAGCAUGACCAGAUAUUUCCAUUGCACAGGGGUUACGAGCUUAAAGAGCUUAUCGGAGAUAAUGUCAGUAUGGAAGUUAUGCCGAAAACAUCACAUACACCUCAAGCCGAAAACCCGAAGCUGUUCAACAGCAUUGUGGAGAAGUUCUUGCGUGGGGUGUCUUCUUCUUAACUCAAUCGAAAAAUGAAAUUGAAGGGAGAGCUUAUCAAU